AUGGCACCAUUAAUUAAUAACACUUUUCCAGAAUUGCAACGUGUUACUAAAAAAAAACUUCAAAAAAACAAAAAUAUUGUAGCUUUAAAACCAAAAUCCCAUAAAAAAGAGUUGUCUUUAAAAGCAUCAACCAUAAAAUUUACAGAAUCACCUUUAAAAUCUAAAUCUACUAAUAUUAUAAAAAACAAAAUUCAAGAAAAUGGAAAUAAUCAUUCCAAAGAAGCAACUUCAAUUAAAGAUAAUCCAAAUAGAGAUGCUAAUAAAUAUAAAGUUACUAAAGCAAAAACAACUUACAAUACAAUGGACAAAGGCAAAAAAACUGGUUCAAAUAAUGAUAGAUACACUUCUUUGAAAAAAUAUGUUCGAACAGUUGAAGCCAACAUAGAAAAAGAAAAUAGUAAUAAUAAUAAUAAUAAAUUGUCAGAAACUAACAUACAAAAUAAUGAAAAAUAUUUUUUUCACGCUGAUGAUUUUGGAAACAGUCACGGAGUUAGUUAUGAUAGCAAAAAAGAACUAAGCGUUAAUGAUUUCGAUCAACCCCCUCAAUCAACCUCAACACCAACAAACUCUGCAUGCACCAAUUUUUAUUAUACGUCAACUUCUAAUACAGAUAUGCCAAAUAAUUUUAUUCAUAAUAAAAGUGCCAAAAGCCGCUGCUAUUUAGAUACCCACAGCCAGCCAUUGCAAAUACAGUUGCACAACACAAAUAGUAAUACAGAUAAUCGUUUUCCAGGAUUUGAACCCUUUGAUAAUCCUCAUUCGCAAUAUUAUUAUGGCAAAAACAGCAAUAUCAAGAACAUUGUACCUCUGCAAUAUAAAGAAUUAAUACCACGACCACCAGUAAUAGCAGCACCAAACCAGUUAUAUUUAAACGCAAUAAAUCCUAAUACCCCAUGCCCAGUACGUAUUGCACAUCAAGAGUAUAACAAUGCUAAUAACAGCAAUAACUUAAAAUUUAAUAAUUAUGAAGAUGAUGAGGUAAUAUCUUAUUAUAGCAGUGGAGGAGAAGCCACAAUCGAUCAUAGUAUUUGA